CUGAAAUUUAUUCUUACACAAAUCUGUAAAGUUAAUAAAGUUGUUGAACAUUGACAACUUUUGCACUUGAGACUGAUAAAGUCCCUGAUUGAUGGUAGAUGAAACCCAUCCACUGAAAUUUAUUCUUACACAAAUCUGUAAAGUUACAAUAUCUCGAAUCCUUAGGUGAUUUAUGCUUAACUAAAAUGUUUAAUAUUAUAUAAUAAAAGUGGCAUAAGAAAUUCUCUAUGUAGGUACACACACCCCAAACCAUAAUUUUCCUUAUCAUAUAUUACCACAUUUUUUGCCAAGAAUGCCUCUAAAUAUAUCCUUACAGAAUAAAAAAAUUGUGUCUUCGUCUUGAAGCAUGGAAGAUCAUGGACAGAACCAAAGGAAGAGGCACAAUGUAUUUGGUGCGUUUGUGGAUAAAUCACUUGGUUACCCAUCUUCUGGUGCAGAUGACCAUGACCCCAAGAAGCUUAAACCCAAUUCUGAAGCUCCUUUAUCAACCAUAGACCAACAAAUCCCUGCAUUACCCCUUCCCAAUAUAUUGGUUUCUGCAUUUAAGGAGAACACCACAGAUGGUGUCAAAUUUCAACUGUUUGUGAGCAAAUCUUAUACACAAUCAACUUCAACUUCCCCUCCACCAGUAUACACAUUGAAAGUCACAAAUGCUUCAACUUCGAAUGCAGACGUUGAACCUGCAGGGAACAUAGUUGAUGGUGGAGUAGCACCAGUGUUGACAGAAACGAGACUAAUAGCUGAGGGCCAAUUUAUGCUACGCUCUCGGCUCUAAUAUUAUUGUCUUUGAAGCGUAGCCUAGUAGUUAGGCAGUGCUCAUUUCAUUUGUCCUUGAAGUGUGGUGUUGUUCCAAAUUGAAUCCAAAAGGAUUGUGCACACUGCAGUACUUUCCAAUCCAACAGUUACAUUUUCAGUUUUUCCAAUUUUACUUUAUUUGUUUAAGUAAUAUGGAUGUGUACUAAUGUACUAUGGACUAAGUAAUGUACUACGGAUUAAGUAAUGUUCUGUUUCCUAAAAUUGAAACUUAUAAUGGACCAUUGAAAUCGAUGUGUGAAACUAUAUGCUCUCAUAUCAACUUAUUUGUUUAUCUGUUAAUGUAGGAGGAAUUCUAUCUUUCAAUGUA